UAGAGGAUGCGAUAUCGAGAUUCGUACAUUGGUAUUUUGUGUGCAGUGUUGAUUUACGCAAGAGGUUCUUAAUAUUUCAAGAGGAUUGUGUAGCAAAUUAAUACAAUGGGUAAAAAUAAAAAAACUCGUAAAGUUGUAAUGCAGAGGUUUGCACAAAUGAAGAAGAUGAUCAGUCUCAGUGAUUCAAGAAUAAAAUCAGAGAAACGAGCACCGCCAAAAAAAACUAAACCGGAAGACCCAGUAAAACUAAAAGUUAAUGAAGCACCUCAGCAAUCUUCCGCAUUAUUUUUCCAAUACAAUACGCAAUUAGGACCUCCUUAUCAUGUUUUAAUAGAUACGAAUUUUAUUAAUUUUUCUAUAAAAAAUAAAUUAGAUAUUAUACAAAAUAUGAUGGAAUGUUUGUAUGCAAAAUGCAUACCUUACAUAACGGAUUGCGUAAUGGGAGAAUUAGAAAAACUUGGUCAGAAAUAUAAAAUAGCUUUAAGAAUUAUAAAGGAUCCUAGGUUUGAAAGAUUAAAUUGUAUGCACAAGGGUACUUAUGCGGAUGACUGUCUUGUAAAUAGAGUAAAGCAACACAAAUGUUAUAUUGUUGCUACCAAUGACAAAGAUUUAAAAAGAAGGAUACGAAAGAUACCUGGUGUUCCUAUAAUGUAUGUUUCACAACAUAGGUAUACUAUUGAAAGAAUGCCAGAUGCUUAUGGUGCUCCUAAGAAAUGAUACGCAUUUACCGUGUAUUUAAUUGAAUAAAAACGAGACAACAACGUUUAUAACGUUAAUUGUUA